CCCGUCACUCGAUCGCGCUGCUGCUGCGGCGGUGGCGGCGGCGGCGGCGGCGGAAAGAUGGCGGAGUCCGGCGGUAGCGGCGGUGGUGGCGGCGGCGGCUUCGGCACGGGCCCGGGCCCCGAGCGCGCGAGCAGCAUGGCUGACAAAAAUGGAGCCCUCAAAUGCACCUUCUCUGCGCCCAGCCACAGCACCAGCCUCCUGCAGGGCCUAGCUGCCCUCCGCUCUCAGGGUCAGCUCCUGGACAUUGUACUCACUGUCAACAGAGAGACCUUCCACGCACACAAGGUGGUCCUGGCUGCCUGCAGCGACUACUUCAGCUCUCCCUGGCUGGCCAAGCCUUGCCUGCAGUGUCCCGGGGCCAGGCCGUCCAGGUGACCACGACGCCCCUUGGCUCCCUGAACCCACAUGCUAUGUUUACGACCCUCAGGGCCAUGUUCACAGGCGGCAUGAGGGAGGCGAGCCAGGAUGUCAUCGAGCUGAAGGGUGUGUCGGCCCGAGGCCUACGGCACAUCAUCGACUUUGCCUACAGCGCUGAGGUGACGCUGGAUCUGGGCUGCGUGCAGGAUGUGUUGGGCGCAGCUGUGUUCCUGCAGAUGCUGCCGGUGGUGGAGCUGUGUGAGGAGUUCCUCAAGGCCGCCAUGAGCGUGGAGACCUGCCUGCACAUCGGCCACAUGGCCACCACCUUCAGCCUGGCCUCCCUCAAGGAGUCAGUGGACACCUUCACCUUCCAGCACUUCCUGCAGAUUGCCGCAGAGGAGGACUUCCUGCAACUGCCCCUGGAGCGCCUGGUCUUCUUCCUGCAGAGCAACCGGCUGCAGAGCUGCGCAGAGAUCGACCUGUUUCGAGCUGCCGUCCGCUGGCUGCAGCAUGACCCCGCCCGGCGGCCGCGUGCCAGCCACGUGCUCUGCCACAUCCGCUUCCCGCUCAUGCGCUCCUCGGAGCUGGUGGACAGUGUGCAAACCCUGGACCUCAUGGUGGAGGACGUGCUGUGCCGCCAGUACCUGCUGGAGGCCUUCAACUACCAGGUGCUGCCCUUCCGGCAGCAUGAGAUGCAGUCCCCACGCACGGUGGUGCGCUCCGACGUGCCCUCUCUGGUGGCUUUCGGGGGCACACCCUACACUGACAGCGACCGCGCCGUCAGCAGCAAGGUGUACCAGCUGCCUGAGCCAGGCGCCCGCCACUUCCGCGAGCUCACAGAGAUGGAGGUGGGCUGCAGCCACACGUGUGUGGCUGUGCUGGACAACUUUGUGUAUGUGGCUGGGGGUCAGCACCUGCAGUACCGCAGUGGCGAGGGCGCGGUCGACGCCUGCUACCGCUAUGAUCCGCACCUGAACCGUUGGCUGCGCCUCCAGGCCAUGCAGGAGAGCCGCAUCCAGUUCCAGCUGAACGUGCUAUGUGGCAUGGUUUAUGCCACGGGGGGUCGCAACCGGGCCGGCAGCCUUGCCUCCGUCGAGCGGUACUGCCCGCGACGCAACGAGUGGGGCUACGCCUGCUCGCUGAAGCGCCGUACCUGGGGCCACGCAGGUGCCUCGGCCGGCGGCCGCCUCUAUAUCUCGGGUGGCUACGGCAUCUCGGUGGAGGAUAAGAAGGCACUGCACUGCUACGACCCUGCGGCCGACCAAUGGGAGUUCAAGGCGCCCAUGAGCGAGCCCCGCGUGCUGCAUGCCAUGGUGGGCGCCGGAGGCCGCAUCUAUGCCCUGGGAGGCCGCAUGGACCACGUGGACCGCUGCUUUGAUGUGCUGGCCGUGGAGUACUAUGUGCCCGAGACAGACCAGUGGACCAGUGUGAGCCCCAUGCGGGCCGGCCAGUCAGAGGCGGGCUGCUGCCUGCUGGACAGGAAGAUCUACGUGGUCGGGGGCUACAACUGGCGCCUCAACAACGUGACGGGCAUUGUGCAGGUGUACAACACGGAGACAGACGAGUGGGAGCGCGACCUGCACUUCCCAGAGUCCUUCGCGGGCAUCGCCUGUGCUCCAGUGCUUCUGCCCCGCGCCGGGCCCAGGAGGUAGCUCCUGGGACUUCCAGCCCCCUCCCCGCCCCCAGGCCUGGCUGUGUGCUGUGCUUGCCAGGGGUUUGGUGAGCGCACGUGCUGAAGAGGACCCCUCUUCCCUGGGCUGGCCACAUAGGCCUGCCAUGUUGAUAAACCUCCUCCCCAGGGUCCUUCCUUCCCAAAGCAGAUCUUGGCUUCCUUGCCUGCCCAGGGAGCCUGCCAGCAAGGAGAUUGACGUGUGGUGGCAGAAAACUUGAGCCUGAGGCAGUUUCCUCACCCGCAAGGGGUUCUCACUUAUGGGUGGGAAUUGGGGUCUCUUUGGGGUGUUGUUGUGCCCGGGUAUCUCUCAUCUCUCAGCCCAGCGGUCUUAGAUGUUCAGAUGCGAGCUCACUAGUGUCAUCCCAAAUCCAUGGUGUGCCACUGCCCCCUCCCUGGUUUCUUCCACACGUAUGUUUUAAAAUGAAUGCACCCCAAACCUCUGUCACAUUUGGACCCCCCAGAACAGGAGGGGCUCAGAAGCACCCAGCUUGGGGUGAUAACCAGAGGAUGGUUCUGUCUCCCCAGUAAGCCUGAGCUGCUGGGUGGAAGGGGGACCACAGAGGGUGGUCUGACACUUGUCCCCAUUCCUGUCCUUGGUCCGAGCACCUCAGAGUGUUUGCUCAUUCACUUUCAGGAGGAAAAAUCCACAGCCAACUUCCAGAGAUGGUCCUUACAGGCCUCGGACCGUCCACAGGACGCUAGUCCAUGUUUGGGGUCCUGAGGAGAACCGGGCCAACAUGUCCUUGUCCCACGGAUGAAGGGAGACGCUGCUUUAGAAUCCCAGGGCAUUUGCAUUCCCCAGGUCUGUCCAGGGAUGUUUAGUUCUCAUCCUCUCUCCAGCCCUCUGCUCCCCACUUGUCCUGUGUGCAGGUUGACACACCACCCAGCCUGAGGCCGCUGCUGUGGGAAGUUGGGCGGGCAGGAGCCUUCUCUUCAAGGGCUUCGAAGCAUCUCUGGCCAUACACAUUUGUUUUGGUGUCUAAAUCUCUAAACCAUAUAUAUAUUCUUUGGUUCCGUUUUGCUUAUUUUAAGAGGCCAGCACCACUGUCUUAUAAAUGGGAUUUGGACCCUUGGGGCACCUUAAAGUGUCUCUUCUGCUGCUAAAAGACGAUUGAUGUUGUGUCUCUGGGAGCCACUUGCCGUGUAAAGAAUUAACCUCAUACCUUAGCAGACAUUGUCUCCUAAUAUUUUCAUUGUAUUUAAUAAAAAUGUUACGGUGAAAAGAUGGAGCAGGCCCCGCACCAAGCGUGUGGGGCCUGAUGGG